CCAACGGCCGUCAGCUCCUUUUGGCCUAUCAUAGUUCGCCCACCUUUCAUUUUGAUUUUUGCCGCUACCAGAGAAACAAGGCAAGAUGAAGUUCUCGUUCGCUCGGAUGCAGGCACUCCGAAACACGCACGCACUGAUGGAACAACCGAAGGUGCCCGUGUCGAUGCCAACGGGCCCAAGAGCCAAGAAAAGCUUUAUCGUGGUGUCUUCACGCGACAUUGAAAUCUACCCGUUAGUGUUUUCGGUGUCCGUUGGCUUGGCGAUUGGCGCUUUCAGCCUCGUUCGCCACGUGCUGUUCAACCCUGAUGUGAACCUGAAUCGUGGUCGUCGCGAAACACCAGCAUGGGAGCGCUACAAGCCUGAGGAAGGGGAAGCAUUUUCGCGGAAUCGUCAUCAUUUCGCCAAUCUCAAGCCGAAUCCGGUCAACACGUUUCCGGAGGCUCAUAAGCUACAAGAGAGAACCGACGAACCAUUCUAUAAGCACGAAUAAGGAAUCACCACACGAAGACGGAUAAUCUUAGGAAGAUGGAUGCAUGAUAAAUACGGUUUUACUAUUAGCUCCCUCUAUGUAGAUCAUAGAUGUGUUAAACUUUACCAAACUGAAGAAAGAGC